GCAUCUCAAUUCGCAGUGCUGCUCGAGUAUAAACCCACAGGCGCCGAAUAUCAGGACUCUGAUGCUCGGCCAUAAUUUUUUGGAAUUGGGAUUCAUUACCUUUGUUGAUUCGGUAAAUUGAUCAAUUGAUGCGCAAGCUACACGGUCGAUGUUGCAUCGAUCGUGCCCUUGUCCGUUUAGGAGCGUAAUAUUUUCUUCAGCUGUAAAAUGCUGCAUACACUUUCUGGACCCUAUUCAGAUUAAGGGUGGAGUCAAGUCAAUAAGGUACCAAAUAGGUGCUCGUAUUAUAUUUAAUACACCGAUGGAAGAGUAGUCUCUGUUGGAGCUACAGUGUGUCUGCGUUGUAAUUAUUCUACCAUGGAGUCAAAUGUCAACCAACCAUCUGCAGGAAUCUGUGGAAAUACUGCCAUGUGUAUCUCUGCCAUUAAUGUAUUGUCUUCUAGCAAUAGUAGAAAAGAGCAUAAGGUGUGCCCAAGGGCUUCUGCUAUAGCUCCAAUGUUGGAGGAUCACAAAGCAUUAGAAAAGCAUGAUGAUGGUAUGCACAUCCUCAGUGUCGGGGAAGCUGAUAAUAUUUCCAAUGAAAAUAAGGAAGAUAAACUAAAGAUGGCGGAGGAAUCUAUGAAACACCUACAGGACCAGCUUAAUUUGGUAGUGAGCAAUGAGGUGGCAACUGGCAAUGCUGGUAACCCACUGGAUGAUGCUUGCAUUGCAGAAAAACUUAAGGGAUUGGAUAAGAUCAUGCACUCUUCUGAUGUAUCAGAUGCACAUGCAUCUUCAUUAAAAGCCCGUGUGAAUGAUGGUACCGAUGAUUCUGAUGUUGAAGAGCAAGAUGUCAAAGUUUGUGAUAUAUGUGGGGAUGCAGGUCGAGAGGAUUUACUUGCCAUAUGUUGUAGAUGUGCUGAUGGGGCUGAACAUACUUAUUGCAUGCGGGAAAUGCUUGACAAAGUUCCAGAGGGUGAUUGGCUAUGUGAAGAAUGCAAAUCUGAGGACGAAAUUGAAAAUCAAAAGCAGGGUAAAACUAGCAGGGCUGCUGUUAAUGAAAAUAGAUAUUCUUCUAGACAAAAAACCAUCAUUGAUUUUGAUCACCAUGGGAAGGCAGAAGCCAAAGCUUCUGAUUGUGUUGGAGUGAAAGAUGCUAAGGAAUGCUCUUAUGCAAAAGUAUUUAGCAGAAGGAAUAUGUGUGAUAGUGAAACUAUUUCUGUUGCAAAAAAGCAUGCUCCUGAACCGCUUUUGAGAUCACCAAAGGCAGAAAGUCCCAAACGGGUUCCUAUGCUCUCUCGAGAAAGUUCAUUUAGAAACUUGGAGAAAGGGAAAGUGAAACCUGUACAUCAAGUUGGUGUGGUUAAUGACUCUUGUGCUUCAGGUUUCCAGAUGCAAACAUCUAGAGGUACUUUCUCGAAGUCCAAUUCAUUCAGCUCCUUGAUUGCCAAGCCAAACAUCAAACUUCGGGAAGAAGUUUUUUCUGGAAAGCCAAAAUUGAUGAGAGAAACCGCUUUUAUUGAUUCAAAAGAGGGAGCUGUUAGAUCAAUGAGCAAAUCCGUGUCUUUCAAGCCUUCAACCACAAGUCGUUCCAACAACAUUGAAUUAAAAGGGAAGACGAUCUCACCCAAGUUUUCUCUUGAUCAGGAUAUAAAAUGGCCAAGACAUAAAAAAGAGCGGAGUUCUUAUGAAAGGAAGAAUUCUCUAAGAUCCAACUGGUUGGCUGGUGGCACUCUCUCUUCUCUCAAAAAUGAUAAUAAACCAGCGCGUCGAGGUGAAGCUUGGAAGCAGGCCUCAUCUGUUGAUGGAGUUUCAGUUGUGAAUAGAGAUAGCAGUUUUGAAGAAAAUCCUUGCCAGGCUAUUCCAAAGGAGAAUUCAUCAUCCAGUUCCUGUGUUGCUGAGAGACUGCCAUUGAGUUCUAAUGAGGUUUUAUCAGAUGGGCUACCUCAGUCCAAGGGAUCAACAACUUUUGGUGACAAGGCAAGGGAGUGUUCUGCAAGCCAAUCAAAACAGAACAGAACCCACAGUGGAAAAGCUGUUUCAUGUCAGAAAUGCAAAGGAAAUGGCCAUUUAGGACAGUUUUGCACAGUUAAUGGAUCUGAUUCUCCUGCCUUAGACUCUCCUGUAAAAAAUUCUAGAGAGGACACAAAGGGUCCAAGCGAUUUGAAGGCUGCCAUUGAGGCUGCCAUGCUCAGGAAGCCUGGAAUAUGCAGAAAUAGUAGAGUCACUGCUCAAUCUGAAGUCAUAUCAGCAUCAAACAUGAAGAGUGAAUUACCUGCCCAGGAUCAGGUAUUUUCUUCAACUGUCAGGAGGAAUGGUAAUGUGGCACACAAUCACGAAAGUACAAAAAAUGCAAAGCAAUUUGGACUUCUUGCUGAAGACCCCGUAAGAAUCAGAGAUGCAGGAAAGCAAUCUUUAAUUGACAUGGAGCGUCAGACUCUGGCAGCGAUGCCUGUUCUUCUAAAAACAGCCAUUCCAGAGUACCAGUGCAUAUGGCACGGGGGUUUCGAGGUUCGAGAGAGUGGAAAUGGAUUCUGUCGGUAUGAGGGGAUCCAAGCUCAUUUGUCAAGCUGUGCAUCUCCCAUGGUUCUUGAUACUGUAAACAAAUUCCCUCGAAAGGUCAUACUGAAUGAAGUAUCUCGUCUAAGUAGCUGGCCAAUACAGUUCCAGGAGCGUGGUGUUAGUGAAGAUAACAUAGCCAUCUUUUUUUUUGCUAAAGAUAUAGUGAGUUAUGAGAAGAGCUACAAAGUUUUGCUUGGGAAUAUGGUAAAACAAGAUCUUGCUCUUCAGGGCAAAGUUGAAGGCAUUGAACUGCUGAUAUUCCCAUCAAACCAGCUCCCUGAAAAGUUCAAGCGAUGGAAUAUGAUGUUAUUCCUGUGGGGUGUGUUCAGAGGGAAGAAAGCAAAUGCUCCUAGUUUGCAACAUUUUCCUGGGGCUGAGAAGCCAAUGUCUCGAAAUAUCGCCAUGGCCACCACAUUUCCUGAAAAUAUAUUCUCCACUGUGCCUAAGGUGAACUCUGCAUGUGGUAGUGCUGCCUGUAAUUCCGAAAUGCCUAUAAUAGAGUCAGAAUCCACAACAUCACUUAGAUCUGUAAAUGGAAAUUGCAGUACUCAAUUGUCUACCCAGGUCAAAGAACCUGAAAUAUUCAGCUGUGCUAAUAUGACUGGUCCUAUGUCUGCUCAAGAGGCUUCCCCACUUGACAGAGAGAAACUAUCACUGUUAUCUGCUGAAACAUCAACAAGUAUGCCGGAGGUAACUUCUGUUGGAAGCAUGGCAAAGGAUUUGAGUAGCAAAGAUGAUGUGAAACUUGAAGGAAUGAGGUUGAACAAUGCAUCCAGCGAGGAUGGAGCUAUUUUGGCAAGGCAUGAACAGGCAUUGCAUGUAAACCACAAGAAACGUUCGCAUUCAGCAGAGACUGUGCAGCAAUCUGCAUCAUCCUCUGGGACAAGUCAUCAUUUUCCAAUUUAUAUUGAUGAUGAGAACUUGGUUGAAGAAAGAUGCAGCAAAAGAUGGAAACCUAUUCUGGACCGGUCUUAUGAACGUGAUAAUGACCCAACUAGUUUCUCAAAGGAUGGAUUCUUAUCAAAGAUGAACAGUACAACUCCCCAGGAGAACGAACGCGGUGGAGCUCAGAGCAAGACCGCAAUCUUAGAACACAUGGGAAAUUCUGAGAUGUCUUUCAUCCCAGUUGACCCAUGUUCUGAGGAUGAUGUUGGUUCCAAUAAUAGCUCGAUACCUUGGAAAGUACGCCUUCUAAAGGAAGAUCAGCCAUGUGACAAAACACCAAAUCUUGAGCUUGCUUUGGGUGCUGAAACAAAGCCUCUGAUGGAUGGGAUUCCAUCUUUUAUAUCGGGAAGAGUCGGGAAAAAAAUAUUGCCGGAGAAUUCUUCAGAUUAUGAAGCAACAAGUUUCAAUGAGGAUGGUGUUUCUGCUGCUCUUUCACUCUCCCUUUCAUUCCCUUUCCCAGAAAUGGAGCAGGGCAGUUCGGUUUCAAAGGCUGAGCAGGAAAUUCCAGAAAGAAGGCAAGUCAAUACAUCAUUUCUCCUCUUUGGCGGGCCUGAAAGGGAUAAACAGUGAAAAGGUACCAAUAAUUAUCAUGUACAUUAUACCUAGUCCGUACGGAUUUGUUAGGUGCACAAGAUCAGAUGUUCAUAAGUUUAAAGAAUCCACAGCUUGUGAUAGGGUUAUGUUUUUCUGUUAUAAUCACAGUUUGACAGUACAUAGUCAUCGGUUUGUAUAUAAAGAGUAUAUUUAGUCCUUAAGCCUCUGGCACCAUAGACGGACGGCCCCACCCCUCACCCAAAUGUUUUGGGUCUGAAUUUUUGAUUCACUGAGUCGGUUCUUGGUUUUCAUAUUGUUUGGAAUGAUCAUAAUAAUAGUACAUCAUGGAU